AUGGGGACUAUCCAAAAGACCAGCUUCACCCGCCAUGUUCGCGUCAAAUCCUUGAAGCACAGCAUGGAGAAACAGGAAACCCUUGGCUUGGAGAAUUUGGGCCUCGAGAAGUCAGCGGCACCUCGAAAUGCCAGUCGCGCGAACAAAGGAAAAGGUAGACGCGCAGAAGACGAUGCUUCUAUGCAGUCAAAACUUCAACAAGCCUCUGGACAGCAUACUUCAAGCAUCAGCUCCUGGGAUCCGUCCGCGCCUCCAUCGUAUCACCCAUUACCUAUCGCCCCACUCGGCAGCUCUGCAGAUACCCGGAAUUGUUGGUCUUCGCAAAUCUAUCAUCAUGGUUUGGCACAAAAUUAUCCAGCUGUUCCCACAUGUCAUCCUGCGCAAACCUCCGUCUCUCCGCCGGGCCCGCCAAGUGUGUCCAGGUACCAGUCCGGGCAAGGUUUUAAACCCGUCAGUAGACCAUCGAUCGCUCCUAGAGUGACUGCAGUUCCUUUUAAGCAGCCCAGAUUCCUUUCUAGAGGCUCGGAACCUACCGUGCAGAAGUCUACCAUGUACUCAAAAGCCAACCCGCCGCUGCUCACUGCGGCUACUCUCGUCCAGCAUGGAAGAUGGACAGACUCACCACCAGCCAACCUCCGACAAGCUGUAUAUCAACCGAGUAGAUCUUCGCAAUCCACAAAAACUAGAGAUCUCGAAGCUAGCCCGCCCGCUCCUCGCAAAUCCUCGCCUUCCAUUGUUAAUAGCAAGGAUGACCUCAUUCACCUACCGGCUCCGGCCCCCACGUCGGCCUACAUCAAUGAUGCUCAUGUCAUACCCAACCUUCUCUCCUCACCACAACGCCUCCUUCUUGUAUUGGAUUUGAACGGAACUUUGCUCUACCGUUUUCGAGCAUCCCAGAAUUACACCCCUCGUCCCUGCCUUCCUGAGUUCCUCGAAUACGCUUUCGCAAAUCAUAGCCUUCUCGUAUGGUCUUCUGCGCAACCAUACAACGUUAAAAGUGUAUGCGCACGAAUUUUCUCUCGAAGCCAGCGUGCAAUACUUUUGGGCGAGUGGGGAAGAGACACGCUUGGGCUGACAUCCGCACAAUACAAAGAGCGCGUCCAGGUCUACAAGCGCCUUGACCGUAUCUGGGGUAGUGAAAAUCUUCAACAUUCUCACCCUGACUUUGAACGUGGUGAGAGAUGGGGCCAACACAAUACCGUGCUGAUCGACGACAGUGCCCUAAAGGCGAGCGCACAGCCUUUCAACCAUGUUGAAGUUCCGGAGUUUGUGCGGGGCGCCAGUGAAAAGGAUGGAGAUGGCCGAGAUGUGCUUGGACAAGUCGUGGGGUAUCUCGAGGAAGCGAGGAAGUGGAGUGAUGUUAGCGGGUUCGUGAGGCACGGGCCCUUCGAACUCGAUCGAUGGCGCUGGGAGUGGCAGAAGAAUAAAGCACAGGAGCGUGAUCAGUGCGGAAGAUGA